AAAAAACCCUAAAUUGGAAGAAAUUUAAAGAAGGGGAAAGGGUCGGCGACGGUGCUCCGAUUCUCGUUCGAGCCCGAUCCGAGACUCGCGUUCUGCUGAAUUCGAGAGUGAGAAGUGGAAGAAGGCGAUCGGUCGAUGGAUUGAUAGAUCACGAUCGAAGGCCACGGCAUUUACCGGCGACCGGUCUUGCUUUCGCGUUGAUUUCCCCUUUCUAAUCCUUGCCCGAUCUCCAGGGCGGUCUAGAUCUAUACUUUAAGCAGGAAACAGAGUAGGAUUUAGGAUAUGAGGAAGAAGCUCGGCACAAGAUUCCCUGCGUCACGAAUAAAGAAGAUAAUGCAAGCGGAUGAAGAUGUUGGCAAAAUCGCGUUGGCUGUGCCUAUUCUUGUUUCAAAAGCUUUGGAAUUGUUUUUGCAAGAUCUUUGUGACAGGACAUACGAAAUUACUCUCCAAAGAGGAGCCAAGACAUUGAAUUCUUUACACUUAAAACAAUGUGUGAGGACUUAUAGUGCUUAUGAUUUCUUAACUGGUGUUGUCAACAAGGUACCAAACCUUGGUGGCAUGGAACCUUGUGAAGAUGAAAAAGGAAUUUGCCGUAGAAGGAAGACACUACCACAUGGUGAUGAAGUUGAGAGCAAUGAGAAUUGCCAGUUGAGGUCCUCCAAGAUGGCUAUGACGAAUACUAGUGUUAGCCCUAGAGGACGUGGAAGGGGUAGAGGAAGAGGUAGAGGACGGCCACCUACAAGGGCAAGAGAUGUAGGACAUAUGAAAUUUGAGGAUGACAGUAGCAUGUUUGGUGAUCAUGACGAAAUCCCUUUGGGGCAGCCUGAAGGAACGAAGGAAAACAGUCAUCAGAGUGCUCUUCCUUCCUCAACUCCAGUCAUGAAUGGAUCUGCAACUUCAGCUGUGGAGACAAAGCAAGAACAAUGUUCAGCUUGGCCUCUCCCUGGUGGCGUGGACAACAUCAGCAUAGAACCAUCAAGACUUGUACAAUUAACCAUGCAGAUAGAUGAGGAUGAGGAUUAUGACAAUGAAGAUUAAAGAAUAUAAUUCCCAGCUACUACUAACAAAGCCACCUGAUUCUGUAAAUAAUUUUACUUUCUUGACAUCUAGCGCUUUUUUUACAUCCGCUCUUGUGGCAGGAAAGUGUUUUGUGGUUCUUGUUUCGGUUGUUGGAUCUACUGCUGCAUGUUUCGUAGCGGCAUUUGUCAGGCCAAGAGUUCAAUGACUGCCCUGUAACGGGUUUUCACUGUUCAACAGUUGUUGUUAUUGUAUAGUUCCUAAACAUUUCCAGUUAAAUUGUCGGGGAGAAUACGGGUA